AUGCUCUUCUCGCCCGUCUUCUUGGUCAGUUUCUUCCUCGUCUUCGUGCAGCUGCGUCUGCGGGCGCACUUGAGCUUCGCGUCGUGGCUCCUCAAUGGCUUGACGUUCUUCUUGCCGCCGGAGGACGCGCUCAUUGCGACACUCAAUGGCCAGCCGCUUCCAGGCUCGAUCAAAGGGACGAAACCAUCGACGGGUAGCGGCCAGCCGCUCAGUGCGGCCGACAAAUUGGACCAGUUUUACGUCCGUGUGGCCAAGACCGAGCCCGGGGUGUUCAGCCAGACGCUCUUCUUCGAGCUCUACGAGAUGCUCGUGGUGCUCGUGUCGUCGGCUUCCAUGGGCUAUUGGCUCGGCACCAUCGGGAUGUUUGCAGCUCGAUGGAUCACGACGAUCGAAGAAGCCGACAAGGUGGACCAGAACACUAUGGACUUGGCCACAUACAGCCUCCUGUCGGCGAUGCUCGUGGCCAUUUGGUUUCCAUUGCAGCUCCACUUUGCCCAAGGCUGGGCAGGCUACGAGGCGCGUUUGGGUCUCGCUGUUGGCUUUAUCGGACUCGUCUUUGCUGGCUUUAUCAUCCUGUCCCCCAAGGACAUGCUCGACUUUGACUUGGAGCGAGCCGCUCGUCUUGUUGGCGAUCGACUGGCUAUUGUACUCCGGGCCGUGGGAUUCACGGACGCGGAUUUCGUCACCAUUGCACCGCUCGUAGAAGUCGCCAAGGCCACGCUGUUUCUUACGUGUGCGUUAGUCGCUGGGGUAUUCACGUGCACGACGUUCUUGCCGUCGUUCCGGUUUGCACGGAUGUACUCGGAGAUGGUCAAGGACAAGCGGCAUUCGAGUGGAAAAAAGCUGUUAUUACAUCUGAACAUGUUCUUCCCAGUACUCAUCUGCGCGCUGUGGGUGCCGCGGUUUACCAAGAACGUGUUCGUCCCUGCUGCACUUGUCAAGUGCUCUCCUCGUGCACUGACGCGCGACUGUCUGCAGGACGAAGUCUUGUUGGGACUAGAUCCUGCAGCUUCCUCUGACGUCUGGAAAUGGUACAGUCUCACCGAGUCGCAGUUCCAUACCGUCCGAAUCUACGUGGUGUUCAUAGCGUGUCUAGUGCGCCUGCUGUGCUUCCGAAGCUACGUCCAGCACUUUUUGCUCGAGCCCCGUGAGGUGAUGGCGUCUCUCGUUGGUCGCCCUGGCUUGGUCGACGGUGCGCUGCUGCAGAGUAAAGUGCGGAUUCAGUUCAACUACGUGCCCAUUAUCGCACUGCAGUACCUUGCACCGGUGUGCGCCUUGCUGGCAUCGGCGCAACUUUUGAUGAAGCAAACAGCCACGUCUCUUGGUAUUUCCAACAGCGUCCUGUGGCUUUUACAGCGCGUGGCGCCGAGUCUUUCGAUCCCUGCUGAUCUUACGCCAGAGAGGCUCCAAGCAGCUUCUUUGCAUGUACUGCCGGACUCGACAACGCUGCCAAACUUUGGUGGCUUCCGGCUGGGUCAUGACCUUACCACGAAGACUGUGACGCCAUUUUUGCGUGGCAUGAGCCAGUUCCCCGUGCUCACUGCGGAAUUCUACGAUGCUGAGCUCGGCUUCGUGAUCUGGUUCCUGAGCUUUGUCAUGUUUGUCGUUAGCUUGGCUGGUCUACUUUAUUGGCGUAACGUGGCUGCUCACGGCAGUACCAACAGCGAGCAAACCGCUGCCCGACAGAACAAGCAGACCCCUAAGGCGCUCAAGAACCAGCUGAAGAGUCUCAAGCUCAAGAAAAAAUGA